AUGAAUCAUGACUCAGCAGCGGCAGUUUUGAUCCAGUUGAUUGAAGAAUAUCACGAUUACAAUAGCAGCGGUAUUUGCGAGUUUGCAUAUCCUGCUACCAUUGACUUCAGCAAGCAAGUGAGUCGUGGGAGACCUUGCGUAUACAACGUGCGAGAAGCGAAGGGCCGGCAAGGCGCCACCUCCCGCGAGAGGACCGCAGCAGGUGUGGCCGAUAAUGAGAGAAUUGAAAUCCUAUCGUCGCCAGCAUUUGCGUGGACAGCGCAGUCACUUUGUGCAAAGGUCCAGGACGAAGUAGAGGUUGCUGUCACACCAGAUGGGCGAGCCGAUGCUCUCUAUGCUUUACCCCGGCCUCAAACUCCGAACACUGAUCGACAUGAUGACAACCAAGGGGAAGAGGAUGUCUUCGUCCAACCUUCCGCCGCUAAUAUGACUCUGUCCACUCUUCUGGAUAGACUAAUGCUGUCUUCUCCUUCGAAGACACAAGACGGCUCCAACCCGUCCACGAAAGGACCAGUCUACUAUCUACAAUCUCAAAACAGUAAUCUCACCAGCACACCUCUCAGCCCCUUACUUGAUGACCUCCCGUCCAAUUUGCCUUUUGCCGCACCGGUGCUAGGUGAGCCUGAUGCAAUCAAUAUAUGGAUCGGAGACCACAGAUCCGUGACCAGCACACACCGGGACCCGUACGAGAACCUGUAUCUCGUGGUACGGGGGAGCAAGACCUUCACGCUCUACGCCCCAGUGGAAGAAUUGUGUUUGCACGCGAAGAUGGUACGGACAGGGCGGCUUGUUCAAGAUGAGAGCGGAAAUGGGGAUGACAGUGGGUUCAGAAUUGAGUUAGACGAGCAUGUCCCUCUUUCUCCUAGGGAAAGCGAUGGCAGCUCGAUCAGCCAAAUAAGCAAGCCAAGAGAGCAGGAAGGCUGGCUUCCUUGGAUUCCCAUAUCUCCACUUCUGUCGCAGUCAUACAUUAACAACGCCUUUCCUUACUACAAAUACGCACGACCAGAGACUGUUACUGUGGAAGCGGGCCAGAUACUCUACUUACCAUCAGGUUGGUUCCACCAUGUGACACAACAGUGUGGCUCCUGGGAUGAUGGGACCAGCGCACCCUGUAUAGCGGUAAAUUACUGGUUCGAUAUGGAUUACGGAGGGGAGAAGUUCGUUAUGAGGCAGGCGGUUGGGAAGCUGGUCGAAGCAAUCCGCAAUGGGGAGAUGGUUCAGGGUGAGAGCUAA